AUGACUGGUUCUGGUUCUCCUUGUGGAGCCUGCAAGUUCUUGAGAAGAAAAUGUGUGAGAGGGUGUAUUUUUGCACCUUACUUCUGCCAUGAACAAGGUGCUACCCAUUUCUCGGCCAUCCACAAGGUUUUUGGCGCAAGCAAUGUGUCAAAGCUGCUUGCUCACCUUCCGGUGAGUGAUCGUUGUGAAGCCGCCAUGACGAUAUCAUAUGAAGCUCAAGCGAGGCUUCAAGAUCCCAUUUAUGGUUGUGUUUCACAUAUUUUUGCUCUCCAACAGCAGGUGGUCAGCUUACAAGCACAAUUAGCUUCCCUUAAGGAUCAAGCAGCUCAAUGCUUUCUCAACGGCUCUGCUGUAGCUAACCCUAAUGAGAAAUUUUAUGGGAAAGCUCCUUCUCACACAGAAGAAGCUCAUAGUUGGUUUCAUGAGUUAGAAAAUUCAUCAAACCCUUUGCAAAAACUGAUCAAUUCCAAUGAUGCUGGAACCACAUCAUACUAUGAGAAUGGAAUGAUGAAUUCAUACAACUCUGUUAAUGGGAGUUAUGAAAAUUCAAUGAAUAUCCCAGAUGAAAAUGUCUCUUCGUAUGGCAGCUUUGAAGAGGGCACUUCUCAUUCCAGGUCUUCUUUUGACAUGCAAACGAAUUACAACAGGCAAUGGGGUUUUCAGGAUGCUGAUGAACUUCAGCCAGUGGCUUUCAGAUACACUGACCUGCAUUCACGAUGAAGAGGUGACCGGCAAUGAUAGUAUACCGGUGAACGAGUUCUAUAUAUCGUCAGUUAAAAUGACUGUGUGUCAGUUUUGAAUUUCAGCCCUGCAUACUUUGAAGCAUUCACUUUAAAUUUGAUGCUAUCGUUAAGCUCAGACUUAUA